AGUCGCGGAGUACAAGCGGGGAUUAUUGUCCUCGGGUUCGCCAGUGAGCAAGACAGUCGAUUCAAGUUCACAGUCGGGAAAUCACAUCACCCCCAGACCAAAAAAAAAGAGUAUAUUCAAAAAAAAAAGACAACUGAAAAAAAAACACACGUGCUGCACCACCCACACCCCUACAUGAAAUUCAAAUUAAACAUGACAAUUAUCAACACAAAAACGUGCACUUGACAGAGGGACAACUGCCUUUAAAAAUUCAUCUCGUGAAUUUUCAGUUGUUCACUACCGAUUCGUUUUAUCUUCCUUUGACGUUUGUCAAUGAUGAAAAAUUCGUUCACCACCUGCCUAUCCACCAUAACGUCCAGUUGAAUCUCUUCCCGACAAGAUCCUCGCGACUUUAUCUCCUGAAAUUACUCAAAACUCUCUUCAAAGUCUCUCAUCCAUCAAUAGCACUGGUAAAUCUUGCAAUUUCUUCAAUAAUCAUGUCGAGAUUAAAGUGAUCAACGGAAUGCCGCGUGAAUCAAGGUAGCAGUAGCGGAAGAACCAGGAGACGACGGGCUCGAUAAGAAGAUAGACGAAAAGUAAAACCUCAGACAGAAAGUGGUAAUAAUGGGAAAGGGCGAUAAACGUGGUACCGCACAGCGCACCGACGCCAGUACUAAUCUGGUGGGAAAGUUUACACAAAGUGUGCGAAGGAUUGUGCAAGAUGUCAAGGACGAGGGAACAGCAAGUGGUCAAACUAAAGAGGAAGUUAUCGAGACUAACGAACGUCUGAGAGCUGUCAGAAUACGUCUCGAUGCCAGUUACGAGACAGCAAAACGAGCACUCGUUGAUCUCAUGAUGAAGUACACCGACAGCAAACAAGUUAGAAAUAUAUUUCAACGAUAUAAUUUACUGAAGGUGAUGAUAAAGGAUGUGAUUAAACUGGAGACUCAAUAUUGGACUCUAGUUGACAUACCGAGACAAGAAAAACAGGAAACUGUUCCUGUAUUUGUAUUACGGGCCUGUGCUAUUAUGGAAAAAACACACAAAAGCGGUGAGGGUGUUAAAACUUCAGCGAGACUAGCUGAAGAGGCAGAGAGUAAAAGAGAACGCAUCGAUCGCCUCGAGAAUUUAACAACAGUGCAGAUUGAAACUGAGAAUACCCAGAUGACGAACGAUCUUUACAGACUCCUGAAGAAAUACACUGGCCUUAGAAAUCUCAUCCGAGACCUCAAGGAAGAGUACAAUAGCUCAAAAGUUUACCCAAUGUUUCCACGCUACACUAUUCUGAAAGAUAUGAUAAAGGACAUUAUGCACAAUCCCGACUACAUGGAGGUCUGCCACGAGGUAGAUCAGGCAUAGCGUCCAGACCCCCUCCAUCGUUCGCCCCGUAUGACUUUGUAAACUUGUUCUUUUUUUUUUUACAAAGUGUCAUGAUGGGUGCGAAUUGAAUGAAGGGGGUACUUGUGGAAGAGUAAUAGCGGUUUCCUAUUAGACUAAAGAACCUUCUUCGACAGAAUUUAGAAAUGCUUAAUGCGCUUUCUAGUGGUUAUUAUAACUUGGAUCUUUAGUAUAGGAGUGACUGAAUUUCAGUAUUCACAGUAUUAAUGAAUGUUUGAGAUUAUUGUUAUGACUAGUUGAUGGUUUUUUAUUCAUUUGAUUUACAGGUUUGGGUAAUUGACAUGUUUACUUUCAAGUAAUUGAAAGAUUGUGAUUAAAAUAUUGGAUUAAAGCCAAUUGCAGAUGCCGUACGUACAGAUAUAUUUGGAAUUAAUAGUGGAAUUAAUGGAGAAUAAAUUAUGUCAAAUGUUUGCUCUAGUUUAUAAAUAUUUGAUAACAGAUGCGAUGAGAAUAGCCGCUUUCACGUCGAAACACAAAUUUAUGUUGAAGGUAGUGAGUAAUGAAAUUUCUAAAAAUAGUUGUAUUACCGAAUAUAGGAUGUUUUCUUUAUAAAUAUAGUGCUGAGUAUUGAGGGACUAGUCAGAGAAAAUGUAACCGUGAUAAUUGUUCUGAAGAUCAGAACAUUACAUAUAUCUAAUUAUGAGAGUGAAGGAAUUUCAAUGAUUAUGUCAUACCAAAAGUUGUUCAAUUCACCGGACGUAAUGCGUUCAUAAAAUAUAUUAUUUUCAAAAUUUCGAGAUUUAGAUAUGUGAUUAGUGAAUUCGUGAGCGAUCGUCGCGGGUAGAGAUUGAUUUAAGUAUUCGUAUAUGAAUAGAUCGGAAUAAUUCAUAUAUAAAGUCUAGCAUUUUGUGCCAUUUUCGUACAUUUUCAAUAACUGAUACUAGUUUAAAUAUUAAUUAGACGAUAAAAAUAACGCGAGUAAAUUCUUCGAGGUGAGCGCAGAGAAUUGAAAAUCCUUUAGACAUAUUAUUUUUUAAUGUUAUUACCAAUCUGCGAUUUAUGAAAGCUUUGAAGGAUGUUGUGGGUAUUUUAUCAAUUCUGGAAAAAAUGUGAGUGAUUUCACAAAAUAUUUUUAUCCAUAAACUCGUGUUUUCACCUGAUCUGGGGAAUUCACUACUGGUUCUAGGCCGUCGAUCAAUUGAUGGAUUAAACAAAGGACUUGGUGAUUGCCCCACCUCGUAAACUGCACUUUACCCGCCCAUAAAUAAAUAUAUUUCCACAGCAAAUAAUCAUUUUGACGUGUGAAAUUUCUCCCCUGCAUAUGUACAACCCCUUUUUCCACCCCGUUGAUUAAAACUGCCUCAUAAAUAUCGAUUAUUUCUGCCUGACGAUUUAUUAAAUAAAUUCAAUGAAAUAUGACACUUGAAGAAAAAUCUGCAGUAAUAUAAAGACACCGGGAAUAUUAUGAGGCAUAUUUACCACUGUAAAUAAAUACAUAUCUAUUGUUCUCGGGGUGAAAAAGUUUUUCGGGCUUUUGGGUACUUGGGGAGGGACUGCGAGACGAUUUCUGCCAAAUUUUACAGUGGAGUAACAUGGGAUAGUUCAAUCGGACAGUAAGCGAAUCGAUAGUCGACUAAAAUAGCAUGGAAAACGGUACAUGGAAAAAAAUUUAACGGUGGAAUAAAAAUAGCAUGGAGAUCCCUGAGGGGUAUCACUAUUCAGGGCAAAAUCACAUGCAUCCUCCAGUCGAUAGUUGACAAAAUUCUCAUUUUAUUCCACUAUGGAAUUUAUUACUCUCCGUCUCGGAUAGUCUCGAUCAUUUCACAAUUUUUAUCCCGAGUUGCGAUUUUUAGCGGUCCGAUAUCAAGUGAAAUGAAAUUUUCAUAAUCUCGAUACUAUUAACUGUCUAUCUUAUUUCAACUUAUCGCUAGUCGAGUAAAUAAUAUUUAGUAAUCAUAUCAUUCUCGUCAGUCCCAUCACUCAGAAUAAUCUAUUAGUUUAAUCGAGCGAGAAUAUUAAAAUUCAUUUGUUAAUUUAUCAAGAUUUAUUCUAAAUUAGUUAAAUCAGAUAAAUAGUUGGAUAUUUUCUCGCAAUAAAAAGUGCAAAUAAAAUGACAAAUUUAUAAUGUAUUUUUUACCGAGCGUUUGAAAUUCAAUAUUUUUAUGCUACACUGGAGAAACACGAGAUAGAGAAUGGAGUAAAAUAAAAAUCUCAGAUAAACUUGUAAAAGAGAUAAUUAUUCUGGGGAAUAUUUGUAAUAUCUAAUAUCAAAAUGUUAAUCAAGUUCGAUUGAUCUUGAAGAUUUCGACGAUGAAGAAAAUUCGCGAGACUAGUCGAGUGCCAAAAAAAAAAAUUGGAGACUAUUUACGAGAGUUUAUAUGAAUGCAAGUGUGUCUAUAUUCCUGCGUACUCAUAUGAGCACAGACAUAUAGUCUUACCAACAACUAGAUAUUGAAGAAGAUGAGAGAAAAUUAAUAGUCAAUUAAUGAAACGAUUGAGUUCCUUUUCGGGCGAAAAUGGAAAUCCAUACCCAAUACCAUCUAUUACUCUCGUUUUUCUUUAUAAAAAAAAAAAUCUUCUGCGGGAAUCAAUAGUCAGGUACAAUUUAUUUAUUGAAAAUAAAUUAUAUGAGAAGAGAAAUAUUAUUUAUUACCCCACGCCCACCGUUUCAUCACUUGGCUAUUAAAAUUAAAAUUAUUGAGCCGUUUUAUAUAAGUAUAAUUCUUCUAGUAGAGAUUUCGAUGGUGAUUAUGUGAAAUAUUCAAGUCUUACUCUUUAAAAUUAUGAUAAUUAAAAUUAAACGUUCAAAUGCUAGAGUCUAGGGAAAAUAAUUCCUAUCUGUUUUGUUCGGAAAUGGGACGAAAUUUAGAUAGCAAGUACUUAGAAUUGGAGUGCGUUAGAGGUGAUAUGUUUUGCCUGUCAUUUAUGGCUGUAUAUUUAAUAAUAUUGAGCUUGAAUACGUGGGUUCGCUCAGCAGAGAGCACCUAACAAAAUUUUGACCAAUCUACUUGUCUAUAUCAUAUUCUCUAAGUCAUUUCAAUUGUCUACUUGAUAUAUUAAACAUCAGAGCAGAGAUUAAAAAAUAGGAAUGCUAUUGUACUUUCUCUUAUCCUGCUUUUUUAUAUCAUCAAUAUCUUCGCGUAUUUUUUGCAAUUGAAUGAAAAAAUUCAAGAGAAAACUCGACGAAAAAUUGUCAUUAUUUGAGGAUGUUACAUUUUUCCCCAUUUUUCAUUGUACUCUCAACACAGAGUGACGAAAAAUAAUUAUCUAAUAAAUUUCGCAGUUGUUCCACUAAUUUUCUCUUGGAUUUUCCAACGGGAGGCGCAGAUUGUCGAAAAAAAAUUUUAAUUCUACUCAGAGAGAAAUGCUGCUGAAUAAUGUUGACAGUGUCUCACAAAUUGUUUAUUAAAUCAAAGAAUAAAAAUGAUAUAUGAUAAAUUAAUUGACAAUUUUUAUAUAAAAUAUAUUUUCGCUGGAGUAUUCUUGGCAUCUUUGUAAAAUGAAAAGAGUGCAAAUAAAAUGGAUAGAUACGAGAGAAUACGAAGGGAUCAAUGGGAGUAAAUGAGUAGAGAAUGUCAGUUGAAAUAAAAAUCUCCAAUUGUACUGAUA